CUUAUAUAAUUUGAUUAAAAAAUCGCUUGUUUAAUAUACCAGUAAUAUUUCAUAACACCUUAUGACACGAUUGUCACAUUGUAACAUUUCCUCAAAUCAAAUUCAAUAAAUAUACACGAAGAUGUCGCAACGAAGAAAAGAAAAAAAGGGCCCAAGCCCCGAAGAAAGAUUAGCACGGGACAAUAGGGCACGUAGAAAGUUCAAAGCCUUCAUAAGGCUUGUGAUGGCUAACCUUUUUUGGCUGGGAGACCUAGACGACACGCUGGGAGAAAAUGUAAUGCUCAACAUACAAAAAUUGACCAGAAAGAAAAUCAAAAAGAGCACACUGACCACGAGAGAGAAACUGAUUUUGACCAAACCGAAAGAGGACAGGACCGAGGAGGAGAAGCAUUUAUUGAACAGGGCUAUUGGAGGACUAAAAUGCUUCAGAAGAUAUCCGCCUAAUGUAAAAAGCCAAUUAGCCGCAGUCACUUAUUUCGUCUACAUUGGUCCAGACAGAGUAAUUGUAAAGCAAGAUCAUCCUCCUUCUUCUAUGUACUUUUUACUGUCCGGCGAAGGAGCGGUAACAGUUAGGACUUACGAUAAAAUGCUUAAGGAGUGGAUCAAAUCGGAGCAUGGAUUCGUUGGUCCAGGAACAAUGUUUGGAGAAGUAGCUCUGAUUCACGGUAUAGCCAGAACGGCCACAAUAACAACCACAAUGCCCUGUGAAUUAUUGCUAAUAAAAAAAGAAGAUUUCGAUAUUGUCCUGAAGGAAACCGUGUGGAAAGCCUGGGAAGAAAUCACCAAAAUAAUGAACAGGUAUUCAUAUUUCAAAAACUGGGACGUCGUCACGAAACGUGAGUGCAGCAUUAUUUCGAGAACGAAGAAUUUCAGAGCCGACCAGGUGGUUUUGGGCGACAAUACUGGAGUAUCUACAUAUUCAUAUUUAAUAACUAAAGGCAGCUGUAGUGUAAUCGAACAUCUAGAAGUUUUGGUCUAUUAUGUUUCCGGAAUCAAAAAAUACAAACUUCAUAUUAGCCCCGAAGACAAUGAAGAAGUAUGUACUUCCAAACAACAGAAAGUUAAAAUUUCCAAAACUAUCAAACCAAAAUCUAAAGAAGGCGAAGUGGAAUUACAUUUUAUAAAAGUUUGCGAGCUAAGCGAGGGUGCUAUAUUUAAUAUCGGAGAGAAUUUUGAACGGAGAAGGGUCGUGGCUGACACUAACACCAGUUGCCUGUUGAUUCCGCGCUAUUGGCUAAUGAAAAUGAAUAAGGAUAAUAUUUGGAAUAGGGUGCAACAGUUUUUGAACAAGAAUAUUCCACGACGCAGAAAAUUUUUGUGGAGUGGCUCAAGGAGAAGAGGUUUUUGGCUUACAGACAGAAGCUAGUCAAAGAUAUUAUGGCCAAAAAGAAGGUUAACAAUACGAAUUGUAUUCAUAAUGUACCUUAUAGUAUAAGGUUGAAGGAAUCUACUGAAGCAUAUGAAAAUUUUUGAAAUAAAUUCUCUUACCUUUUAUUGUAAUAUAAAAGAUGACACAACCAGAAGAAAGUUUUAGUAAAAGUUGUCGCCCAUUCAUUGAUGUUAGUGGAAUAUUGAUUGAUCUCUUCUUUAGUGGUUUUUUCAAUUUCUUCAGACAGUAUUCCUUG